AUGACGAGACAAGAUCUGGCGCCGCACCAAGAUGACCGUGCUCGAGAAUUACCCGCAGAAGUUAAGCCGAACGACCAAACCGCCAAAUGUAAAGUUUGCUGUGGUUGUACUGAGAAAGAUGAACCAACAUACGAAACGGCUGAGGUGAACCCGACCGACCAAAAAGUCAAAGUUUGCUGUGGUUGUGCUGAGAAAGAUGAACCAACUUACGAAACGGCUGAGGUGAACCCGACCGACCAAAAAGUCAAAGUUUGCUGUAGUUCUGCUGAGAAAGAGAAACCAACUUACGAAACGGCUGAGGUGAAGCCGACCAACCAAAAACCCAAAGGUUGCUGCAAAUGCGACGAAAAACCGAAAGAGAUUGUGAAAGAGCCGCCUUGCCAGAAAAUUAGGGACUGUACAUGUGCAAAACACCGUGCUCAAGAAUUACCCGCAGACUAUAAGCCGAUCAACCAAAAAGCCAAAUGCAAAGUUUGCUGUGGUUGUGCUGAGAAAGAUAAACCAACUUGCGAAACGGCUGACGUGAAGCCGAUCAACCAAAAACCCAAAGUUUGCUGUGCUGAAGAAGAUAAACCAACUUGCGAAACGGCUGACGUGAAGCCAGACAACCAAAAAGCCAAAUGCAAAGUUUGCUGUGGUUGCGCUGAAGAAGAUAAACCAACUUGCGAAACGGCUGACGUUAAGCCGAACAACCAGGAAGUCAAAGGAAAAGUUUGCUGUGCUGAAGAAGAUAAACCAACUUGCGAAACGGCUGACGUGAAGCCGAACAACCAAAAAUCCAAAUGCAAAGCGAAACAGCCCACAGACGACUCCCAGGCCCCACCGACCACUCAGUGCCCACCGACCAAGGAUAAGACGACAGAACCCGAUGAAGCAGAAAAGCCGCGAAAAUUGUCGUGUGUCCGGUACAUCAGCAAUUUAUUUAGCAAAAAAAUGAAGUGCAUGUUUGAAGAAACGCCUUUAGAAGCAUUCUUAAAGGGCUUGAAUGCUGAUCCUGGAGGGCGUGACGACAUCUGCUGUCAGACGUCAAGAAUUAAUGAGCCCCGGGGCCCCCAAGCUAGCCCGAAGUCCCAAGCUAGCCUGAAGCCCCCUGUUCAAGUUAAUCGAGUUUUGGUUUCUCUACCUGAAGCAAUUACUUACAAACAUCUACCCAACACCAUUUCAAUAUGGAGCACCGCACUCUGCGCCACACACACAAGAAAAGAAAGCUACAGCAGCUGCGAUUCCUCUCAAACCUUAUGUGUUAGAGUAGGACAGAGCAGAGUCAACCGCGUCUUCAGCGUGACGAACAUAUGCAGUGGGAAGGAGAUGGAGAAACUUAGAUUGGCGUAUUUUUUGUUAACGGCGAUGGAAGGGAGAGUUAGAAGGGUCAAUAUUAAUAGGUUGUUUUCUUGAAAAUUUGCCAGAAAUAAGUAGGCAUAAGACCUGUGUUGUAAUAUAUGGAUUAUAUAAAAUAAUCACUACCUCGGGCGAGACUUGGUGUCGGUUAUACCAGAACGCCGCUUAAUAUCAGUUUCGUACACUGUCACGCGAUUUCCUAUCUCUAUCAAUAUAUAUAUUGCUGUCCCGUUGAAGAUGCCGGCGGUCAAUGCCACUGUGCGAGCAGGACAGCAAUAUAAUUAUUCGCGUGAGAAAGAGACAGGAAAUUGCGUGUCUAUGUACGAAAUUCUUCGUGCUUACUUUACUGAGUGAGUUCGAGUCUCACCCGAGCAUUGACAUAUAUCUAAAGGCCUUACGGGCACUAAGAAUGGUGCUAGUUCAGUGGUGUCACUCACGAAUUCGAGCCAAUCGUGCAGUCUAACGCAACUAGUUGCGACCAAUCGCGCACGUGAUGCGAACUCAUCAACCAAUCGCGUUGUGGCGUUAGACUGCACGAUUGGCUCGAAUUCGUGUGCGUGACACCGCUGUACUGGCCCCAUUCUUAUUGCCCGUAACGUCCUUAGGUCAAUGCACCCGAGUUGAAUGUUUUUCUUUAUUUCAAAAAUUGUGAUUUAGUUUAUACUGAUACAAAAUCAACUAUUUUUUUUGUCAAAAGGGUACCUAUCUGCUUGUAUGGAAAUUCGUACCUACAUAAAUUGUUUAGAAGAGUGACUAAUUGUGUACCCCUAAAGUUUGACUGUCUUGGUUAUAAUGAAAUUACUGUACAUUUUUUCUGUCUGUACGUAAACGUCUUAUAAUUUAGUGAAUAUAUACAUACUCGUAAUAAUUAAGGUAACGUUGUGAUAAUAAUGAAUAAUUAUUGAACUA